AAUGCAUUAUUUCUUUGCCCCAAUUCUUUACUUUUACUUUUAAUUUAUUAAAACCUGUCUUUCGACAACGCGUGUACCACCAUAAUCAUUUUCCUCAUUCUAAAUUGCUCUCAAUUUGCAGAAAAUCGGAAGGUGUCUUCUUCUCAUCUGGUAAUGGCGGCAGAGGAAGAUGCUAAUUUGUCAGCUUUGAAGUCUCAUUUAAGUCAAACAAACAUUGGUUGGAAGCAGGAGAUGGAGAGAAGCCAAUCCCAAGUGGAUGCCUUGCAAGAGAAACUUACGGAGGUAGAGGGAUGUAUACAAGGGUCAGAAGAAGAUGCAAAGAAAGAAUUAGAAGUCCUCUGGCGUAGAGUUAAAACUGCUGCAUCCUUAUUGACAUACUUGAAAUCAAAAGCCAGAGUCAUGGCUAUUCCUCAUUUGACUCAUACUUCAUGUGGUAUCAAACAAUUAGAUGGCAUUGGGCUCGUCGAUAAAAAUGGUGUACCAUUGUCCUGCUUGUCAAGAAAUGUUGAUCUUUCUUCCCUUGACAGUCCAGAAAAGGAAACAUGGAUUGCACUUGGUAGUCUUCAUGGUUCUUAUGAUGAACAAGAUGGAGUUUAUACCACUGAAUUAUUUAAAAAUGUUCAAAUGGUUACAGAUAUAAUGGAAAGCCUUUUCAAGAGGGUUAUAGUUGCAGAAUCUGAAACUGCUAUUGAGAAGGAGAAGGUAACUGUUGGGCAGGAAGAAAUUAAAAGAAAGGUCCUCCAAAUCGAAAGCAUGUCUUCAAAACUAGAGGAGAUGGAACAAUUUGCAUUGGAUACAAAUUGUAUUUUAAAUGAAAUGAGGCAGAGGGUUGAAGAUUUGGUUGAAGAAACUUCUAGACAAAGGCAAAGAGCUUCUGAAAAUGAGCAGGAGCUUUAUCGUGUUAAGCAGGACUUUGAUUCUCUGAAAUCCUAUGUCAGUAGUCUCAUUAGUGUAAGGGAAACACUUCUUUCAUCAGAAAAGCAAUUUCAGACUAUUGAGAGGCUAUUUGAACGGCUUGUUGCCAAGACAUCGCAACUAGAAAGUGAAAAAAUGCAAAAGGAAUCUGAGGUCCAGAAACUUAUGGAAGAGAAUGUGAGGCUGAGUGUUCUUCUUGACAAGAAAGAGGCCCAACUCUUGGCCAUGAAUGAACAGUGUAAGGUUAUGGCACUCAGUGGUUCCAAUGUUUAGUUCCUUUCGUUAAUUACCUCGCAGACUCAAGGGAGUAUGAAUACCAAAUGAAUUCAUCAGUGGACAUAUUUUCAAAUGUGCCAUUAAUUAUGAACUUGUUAUUUCGACGAGCUAUUUUAUUAUAUUUAGAUCACCAUGAAAAAAGUUUACUACGGAUGCAAGCUUGAUGUGUAACAGGAUGUUUUUAUUUGUUUCCCACUGGGGGCAAAUGUCUCAAAAAGUCGAUUUGCAUCA